AACUUGGCCGUCAGAGCGGGGUGAAGAACCAGCCGGUGGAUCUGGCUGGGCGCAGGCGAGAGUCGUGCGGGUCCCCACCGGACUCACCUUCCCCUGUCAAUGACAGGGUUGAAAAGAGAAGAGGAGAGGACAGAAGAGAAGAGAAGAGAGAGGAUUUGUGAGUCUAAUUUGUGGGGUCACCUGGGCACUUGGUGAUUAUGAAGCUUUUUCUGAGAUGGACCAAGCCCUUGCUCACAGAUUCAUGGUCACUUGUACUUAUUCUGUUUUCCGUGCAACACACGUGCGGGACUGGCAAGAAAUAUGUCGGUCCUUGUGGAGGAAGAGAUUGCUCAGUUUGCCUGUGUUUUCCUGAGAAGGGAUCUCGGGGCCACCCAGGACCACUGGGACCUCAGGGUCCCAUAGGGCCCCUGGGACCCCCAGGACCCCCAGGGAUUCCAGGAGAGAAAGGUCUAAGGGGUGACGCCGGCCCUCCCGGAGCCGUGGGGGAGAAAGGAGACAAGGGUCCAACUGGCAUUCCUGGGUUUCCAGGUUUGGGCGGAAUACCUGGUCAUCCAGGGCCUCCUGGAUCGAGAGGAAAACCUGGCUUGAAUGGCUACAAUGGAUCCAGAGGUGAUCCUGGAUUCCCAGGAGAAAGGGGAGUACCAGGCCCCGGAGGCCCCCCUGGCCUUCCUGGAGAACGUGGUGAAAAAGGAAAUUCAGUGUUCAUUGCUGGUGCCAUUAAAGGUACUCAGGGAGACCCCGGAGACCCAGGACCUCUUGGCUUACCAGGAUCUAGGGGUCCGCCGGGACCAGUGGGCCCCAGGGGCUACCCCGGUGCAGCAGGGCUCACGGGACCUCCGGGUCAUCCUGGGAGCCCAGGGUUGAAGGGCAAUCCUGGUGUGGGAGUGAAAGGGCAAAUGGGAGAUCCGGGUGAAGUUGGCCAGCAAGGUUCUCCUGGACCCACCCUAUUGAUAGAACCACCUGAUGCUUCUCUCUAUAAAGGAGAAAAGGGUAUAAAAGGACUUCCUGGAAUGAUUGGAUUACCAGGACCACCAGGACCCAAGGGAGAAUCUGGUAUUGGGAUAAAAGGAGAGAAAGGUCUUCCUGGAUUCCCAGGACCUCGGGGUGUUCCUGGCUCCCAUGGGUCACCUGGUUUUCCAGGAUUAAAGGGAGAACAAGGACAGGUUGGAGAGCCCGGGCUAUUUGGAUUGCGUGGCCCAAAGGGGGACCUUGGAGAACGUGGACAUCCGGGACCACCAGGCAUUUUGGUAACCCCGCCCGUCCCUCUUAAAGGUCCUACAGGGGACCCAGGUUUCCCAGGCCGCCAGGGAGAAAUGGGAGCCAUAGGACCACUAGGUCCCCCAGGCCCUCCCGGCCUACCAGGGGUGGCUUGUCCAGGCAUCCCAGGGCCUCCCGGGCCACCAGGGUUUCCUGGUCCACCAGGCCUUCCCGGGGAAGCCGGGGUUCCUGGGAAACCGGAUUUGGCCCCUGGAAAACCAGGGCAUCCCGGGCCACCAGGCCUUCCAGGAGCACCAGGGCAGCCGGGACCUCCAGGAUCGGAUGUGAUACAGUGCAGUGUUAGCUACCCUGGACCACCAGGAAUAAAGGGUAUAAUGGGCCCACCAGGAAGAAGAGGCUCCAAAGGAGAGAAAGGAAACCAAGGACUCUGUGCCUGCAAACCUGGCCCCAUGGGUCCCCGUGGCCCCCCAGGGCCUCACGGGAGGCAAGGGAGGAAAGGAGACUUAGGGCUCCCUGGCUGGCUUGGAGAAAAAGGUGAUCCAGGCCUACCUGGUGCUGAAGGCUCUCCAGGGCCCCCUGGUAAACCUGGUGCCCUGGGACCCCCUGGCUUCAAAGGAACAAAGGGUGACAUGGUUGUAGCAAGAGUUAAAGGGAUCAAAGGAGAAAGAGGACCUGAUGGGCCCCCAGGAUUUCCAGGCCAGCGAGGACAGCAUGGUCAAGAUGGACGCGGUGGAGAAACAGGGGAGCCAGGACCCCCAGGCGGUCACGAAGAUGCAAUCCCAGGUGCUAAAGGGUUUCCUGGACCACCAGGCCCUCCAGGGAAACCGGGCCCCAUGGGGCCUCCAGGGCUGGGAUACCCUGGUCCACCAGGAGAGAGAGGGAAACCGGGACUGCCAGGCCGCCCUGGUGUGAGGGGCCCUGAUGGCGCCAAGGGGCAGAAAGGUGAUACCAUUCUUUGUAAUGUGACCUACCUUGGGAAGCCUGGCCCUCCAGGUUUUGAUGGACCUCCAGGUCUGAAGGGAUUUCCUGGCCCCCCAGGUGCUCCUGGGCAGAGGUGUUUGGAUGGACAGAAAGGCCAGCGGGGCAAGCCAGGAGCAUCAAAAAUACCAGGCCCACCUGGCUUACGUGGUAACAUGGGAGACCCAGGGUUUGAAGGGGAGAAGGGGUCCUCUCCCCCUGGACCCCCAGGUCCUCCCGGGCGACGUGGAGUAGAUGGUCAGAAAGGAAUCCCAGGAGAGUCUGCAUUUGGUCACCCAGGACCCCCUGGAAAUAGGGGUCUCCCAGGAGUGCCAGGGAUGAAGGGGGCCAGAGGUCAUCCAGGAUGCCCAGGGGCUGAAGGAGCAGCUGGCGUUCCCGGCUCCCCGGGUCUCAAAGGCUCCAGAGGCAGAGAGGGAAGCCUUGGCUUCCCAGGUAUUCCAGGCCCACCUGGCCAGUCCUGUAGCAAAGGCAGUGCGGGCAUCCCAGGCCAGCCAGGGCUUCCUGGGGCUCCUGGUAGUCCAGGUGCCCCAGGUUGGAAAGGCCAGAGAGGCGAAGCAGGGCCUUCCGGACCGGCUGGAAUGAAGGGCUUUCCCGGACCCCCGGGUCUGCCUGGAGCCGAUGGGUUCCUAGGACCUCCAGGAAUCCCAGGCCCCCUUGGGGAAGAUGGGUUACCUGGUCUUCCAGGCCCAAAGGGGCCCCGGGGCCUGCCUGGUUUCCCUGGAUUUCCUGGAGAAAGAGGACUUCCAGGCCGAGAGGGUCUGCCUGGCAGAAAGGGAGAAAUUGGACAGAAGGGCUGGCCUGGUUUUGGAGGAGACCAAGGAGUAAGAGGUGCCAAAGGAACAAGAGGACCUCCUGGAGCUGAAGGAGAAAUGGCCAUCUUUUUAAAAAAGGGGAAGGCUGGGGAACCAGGACCUCCUGGAGAGAAUGGGUUCCCAGGAGCGAGAGGUGAUAAAGGAAGUGCCGGGCUGCCAGGGAGAAGAGGAGAGCCGGGACAGCACGGACCACCUGGCCUUCACAGAGGGGAGCCUGGGAGGAAUGGAGAGCCUGGAUUCCCUGGACCCCCCGGCCCUCCGGGCUUACCCGGGCUCAGAGGGGUCAUUGGUUUCCCAGGAUUACCCGGGGACCAGGGUGAACAAGGUUUCCCAGGCCCACGUGGAUUCUCAGGAAAUGAUGGAGGAAGAGGACCCAAAGGAAUCAAAGGUGACCCUGCCAGUCUGUAUGGUCUACCGGGACCAAAGGGCAAGCCUGGCAGCCUCGGAUGUCCAGGACAUGUUGGAGCCCCUGGAGAGCGAGGACUGCCUGGAGAUCAAGGGCCGAGAGGACCCCCUGGAAGACCAGGACCACCUGGCUCCAUGGGACCCCCAGGGUGUCCAGGUGAACAGGGGCUGCCUGGGCUGGAGGGCCAACCAGGAGACAUGGGAGACCUUGGGCCUAGAGGUCUCCCAGGGAAUCCCGGCAUUCCAGGUCCUCCAGGAGUGAAAGGUCCUGCUGGGUCUCCUGGCCUGAAUGGCUUACAUGGCUUGAAAGGUGAAAAAGGAAGCAAAGGUGCUUCAGGUUUGUAUGAAAUGGGUCCACCAGGCCCAAUGGGACUACCUGGGAUAAAAGGGGAGAGAGGAGACCCCGGGAGCCCCGGAAUUUCUCCUCCAGGUCCUAUUGGAGAAAAAGGUUUCCCAGGCCCCCCAGGGCCGCCCGGGCCACCUGGUCCUGCAGGUGCUCCAGGAAGAGCUCCGGAGGGUGACAUUCCUGAACAAGGCCCACCUGGAGAUCAGGGACUUCCUGGCCCUGAUGGUCCCAGAGGAGAACCUGGGCCUCCAGGCCCUCCUGGGAGUGUGGAUCUUCUGAAAGGGGAUCCUGGUGACUAUGGCCUACCAGGCGCCCCAGGAUCCCCAGGCCCACCAGGUCCUCCUGGAUGUCAGGGUAUUCCAGGAUGCGAUGGAAAAGAUGGCCAGAAAGGACCAAUGGGAUUUCCAGGGCCUCCUGGCCCCCCUGGCUUUCCUGGUCCACCUGGAGAGAAAGGUUUACCUGGACCUCCAGGAAGAAAAGGGCCCCUGGGCCCUCCAGGCUCCAGAGGUGAGCCUGGACCACCUGCAGAUGCAGAUGCCUGUCCCCGAAUCCCAGGGCUCCCUGGGGUACCAGGCCCCAGAGGACCAGAAGGGGCUGUGGGACUCCCUGGACAGAGAGGCCCUCCAGGACCAGGAUGCAAAGGAAAGCCUGGGCUGGAUGGAAGGAGGGGCCAGGAUGGUGUCCCUGGGCCGCCUGGACCUCCUGGACACAAAGGUGAAGCCGGAGAGACUGGCUGUGCUGGAAAACCAGGCCCUCCUGGUCUGACUGGUGAUCCUGGGCCCAAAGGGACUGGCCUUGGCUACCUCAGUGGCUUCCUCCUGGUUCUCCACAGUCAGACGGACCAGGAACCUGCCUGCCCUGUGGGAAUGCCCCGGCUCUGGACCGGAUAUAGUCUGUUAUACAUGGAAGGACAGGAGAAAGCCCACAAUCAAGACCUCGGUCUGGCAGGGUCAUGCCUUCCCAUGUUUAGCACGCUGCCCUUUGCCUACUGUAACAUCCACCAAGUGUGCCACUAUGCGCGGCGAAAUGACAGGUCAUACUGGCUGGCCAGCGCCGCGCCCCUCCCCAUGAUGCCAGUCUCCGAGGAAGAGAUUCGCCCUUACAUCAGCCGCUGUGCGGUGUGCGAGGCCCCGGCCCAGGCCGUCGCAGUGCACAGCCAGGAUCAGUCCAUCCCGCCGUGCCCGCGGGCCUGGAGGAGCCUCUGGAUCGGGUACUCAUUUCUGAUGCACACAGGUGCUGGGGACCAAGGAGGUGGCCAGGCCCUCACGUCACCUGGCAGCUGCCUGGAGGAUUUCAGAGCCGCGCCAUUCCUUGAAUGCCAAGGCCGCCAAGGGACUUGCCACUUCUUUGCAAAUGAAUAUAGUUUCUGGCUGACAACAGUGAACCCAGAGACACAGUUUACUUUGGCCCCAUCACCAGACACCUUAAAAGAAGGCCAGGCCCAGCGCCAGAAAAUCAGCAGGUGCCAAGUGUGUGUGAAGUAUAGCUAGAGAAGGCAAAAUUCACAUGCAUCUACCAAGAGAAACUUCCCAGGGAGUGAAGACUUCUGGGCUACGCUAUGAGAUUCCAUGGUGCUCUUUCCAAACCCUGAUCUCUAUAGGGCUCUUCUCAGAGCCCUCCAGCUCCCCGCUCUGUGCCUGACAGACUCAACAAAUGCUGUACACGACGCACGUGGAAUUUGUUUGACCUCAGCAAUCUAGAUGAACCCCACAUAUUAUUAAAUGGAAAAAUAGGCUUUCUAGGGUAAUACGCUAAUUCUCAGGAAGACAAGGAGAUGAUAAUGACCGGAUUAUAAAUGGCAUUGGUUAAUUGCAUCUCACACGAUUGAAGUCAAUUACUCUGUAAUAGCAUGGGCCUUCUGGAGAGAUUUUACAGGAAAAAUUACAUGGGGCAACAAAUGAAAACGAGGUACUAGAGCUUUUCAACAUUCCAAAGUCAUUUCCUCAUUAAUCUGGUUCUUUUUUCUGCAUGCACUUUAAAUAAUUAUAAACAUGACCCAAAGAUAUUAAAAGAGAAGGAGACUAUAGAAGCAGCCCAUACAGCCAGUGGUAAGAAUUCAUUUCAAAGCGAAAUGAAUCAUUACGCCAGGAGAGGCCGCAAGCCGCCUUCUUCCAGAGCUCUGACAUUAGUAUAAACACUUCACACAUGAAUAUAAAACAUUAGGUUCUCUUGUGCAUUUUUUUUCAGAGACUAGAAAUGCCUACUUUGGCAAUCCUUUUGAAAAGUAGCAAUUAUGGAAAAAAGAUAUUCAAUAAGGGAUCAGGGAGUCUAAAAGCUAUUAAUGAAUAUUAAAGUGGUGAUUCACAAAAAUUGACUCCCUAUUGCAGGGAACUUCCAAACAGACUGGCUUUCCCCCCAGUCGGGGUCCAGCAAGUCCUCAGUGCUAAUGGGACUGGAGCCGCAUGGGGCUUCUGCAGGGUAAGAGCAUGUCACUUCCCUCCCCAGGAAAACCUGUGGGGCUCACAAUGGACACUUUGCCUCAACAUGCAUAAUGGCUGCUCCCAGGAGACAUGGCAGGGCUUUCAUUAGGCCCUUGGGAGAAAAUGGAGGGCCGACUUAAUUAAACUUAGGUUAGAAGAUUCAUUUAAGUCGGGGUCAGCCCACCAGAAAGGCAUGGCAGGGUCUAUCAAAGAAACAAAGAUGAUACACAAUUUGCAUUUGAUGUUCCUGGGAUUCGUCUUUACAGCAACACCCUAUCUGGCCAAUUUUAAAAACAUUUAUUUACUUCAUAUUAGUAUAGCACUGACUCAGUGGUUUGACAUUUGGCAUUUGUAGUUUCUAUGUAAGUUUGGAAGCGAUGGCAAUUUAAAAUGAGGAUGUUUUCUGAAUAAUAAAAGACCUGUUUUCUGUUUUUCCAGGAAUUCAGUGUUCUAAUCCUACAAAUCAAAAUUUUCCUAGAACAGAUUUUGUUUUUUUUUUUUUGGUGGGAGGAACUUACCUUCCUUAGUUAAACACAGUAUCAUUUUAGAAAAAAGUUAAGAAAUUUCUCUGGAGAAUAGCAGCAUUUUAGUGGCUAGCUUUAGGGCACUGAAAAAGAAUUCAGAGAAAAAAAAUUAAAAUUUUGUUUACAAGAUAUGUUUUCCUUGCCAUACUUUACUAGUGAGCUCUUCUAUGCAGAAUCCUUUUCCAAUGAUUUGUGCCAUACGCUAACCAUAGGGUGACAAUUUUAAGAGAAGUUUCUGGU